GGGCGAGCUGACGGAAAGUUGAAAACGCGUUGAGACUAGAGAGGCUGCUGCGUAAAAGUUGAGUGAAUCACGUCAUUAAAAAGUUAUUGCAGGGGACGAGUUGAAAAUUAUUCGAUAUUCGUGUUUCGAUUCGAACCAUAUUCGAUCGCAGUGACUAGGGGAUUACGCAGUGGCAUAUGAUAGUUCGGAAAAACGACAUGUCAAAAUUUUAGAGGGACAUGUGACGUAUUCUUCGCGACCACGAUUUAAACAGUGUCCACUAUUUCAAGUCUGCAAAUGCUAGUAUCAUGCGCAAGUUUCUCCGGUCACCGAUCCCUGCAUAUUACAAAUCAGUAACGCGUUUCGAGCCUGGUGUACUGCAUUAACCUAGUUUUAAUUCUUUGGCACGUAAUCAGUGGUUAGAAUGUUCGAACCAACGGAACAGGGAAAGGAUAUAUCCAUCCACAGCGGCGUCGUGCUCAGAGGUUCGAACACGAGGGAAGACGAUGUUCACAGUACGGGCACAUUUUCGAUCGUUGAAUAUAGCUUCGGGAAAUGCCUGGAAUGGAAGCCGGUCGAGGUUUCAGUGGUUUCGGAAAGUCAAGACCAAGACCCAGAAUGGUCGUUGGUCAACACGCACACACGGAUACGAACAGUAUCAGAGGGACCAGACUCGUUGGGUCGGUCCAGAACAGUCAGAAUAUUGUUGUGCGAUCUAAAAUCCUUUAGGAUAAAUAGAUGCGGACAGCAGCUGACUCUCAUGCUGAAAGAUGGAACGACUUACGUUGUUUAUUUCCAACUUUCCAAUGCCGACUCUUUCGUCAGUACACUUAAGGGUUUCCUGAAAUUCAUCAAGUCAAGGAAAGAUCGAAACAUGUAUAUAGUCAUGGAUGCGGAAGAUUCAGUAUUGGAGAAAUCAUUCGCCGAGUUAGAUCUGUUUCAAGAAAAUGCCUCAGACUAUGUGUGGAAAUUUGUAAAAAAUUUGCAUGACAGACCUUACGAAACAACGAUGGAAGCCUGCAGCAAACUGACCGAUAUACUUCUUCAUAAAGAACCAACACGGCGUGUAGAAGAAGCUGUCGCUGACCUGUUGAACCGUUCCCUGACUCUAGAUAUUCCUCAACCAACGGUUUCAGAUGGAGCAGGAGAGGAGUAUGAAGUCAUUGGCGAACCUGGAGUUGGUCUUGUUUUACCACCAAGACCUCCAUGCCCAAGAGGUGCACCAUUAACUCAGGAACAGUGGGAAAGGUGUAAGGAUCCAGAAGGAAGAAUAACAAAUUCCGAGGCACUGAAAGAGAUGAUAUUCAGAGGGGGAGUUUCGCCAUCUCUCCGUUACGAAGUAUGGAAGUACCUUUUGAACUACUAUCCAUGGGAGGCGACAAAUGCGGAAAGAAUAGAACUGAGGAAGAAAAAAACUGAGGAAUAUUUCGCUAUGAAGCUACAGUGGAGAUCCAUGACCCCAGGACAGGAAACUCGAUUUUCUGACUUCAGAGAUCGAAAGAGUUUAAUUGAAAAAGAUGUAAAUCGAACGGACAGAACACAUCCGUAUUAUCAUGGAGACAACAAUGCUCAUUUAGUACAGUUAUAUGACAUACUCAUGACUUAUGUGAUGUACAAUUUUGAUCUGGGUUAUGUACAGGGAAUGAGUGAUUUGCUCAGUCCAAUUUUAUGUCUUAUGGACAGCGAAGUCGACGCUUUUUGGUGCUUCGUUGGAUUCAUGAACAAAGUGAGUACAAAUUUUGAGAUGGACCAGGAAGGGAUGAAAUUGCAGUUGAGUCAACUACAUUCUCUGGUAGUCUUAACAGAUCCCCAGUUAGCGCAAUAUUUGGACAAGCAUGAGUCCGGAAACAUGUUCUUCUGUUUCCGAUGGCUUUUAGUUUUAUUUAAAAGAGAAUUUAAUGCGAACGACAUAUUGAUACUUUGGGAAAUAUUGUGGACUGAUCUCCCAUGCAAGAAUUUCCUGCUCCUAGUUUGCGUGGCAGUUUUAGACACGGAAAAAAAUGUAUUGAUGGAAAAUCGUUACGGAUUUACAGAGAUUCUGAAGCACAUAAACGACUUGUCACUACGCAUCGAACUACCAUGGACUUUGUCUAAAGCAGAAGGCAUCUACCACCAAUUUAUGGCUGUGGCUAAUCACUUACCUGAUCACAUUCGUGUUAUAAUUGGACUUGAGCCGCAGCACAAACCAGAGAUAAGUGAUUCAGAAGAAGAAAAUGCGACAGCUGAACCACAACUUGAUGGCAAUGAUAGGCGCUCGAGGAACAGUACUAGUAGUGGGAACGUUAUAUUUGGUAAUAAUGAAGUAUCAUUCGAGCGCGGGAUUAAUUUAUCGUAUAUAUGAGGUCACGACAUAUCCUUUGUAAUGAUUUUCUAAUAAAUUGUUAUGUUCUCCGCGACAGAAAAAAUAACAGCCUAGACAUA